CCCAUAAAUACCGACUCAUCGCCCCCAUCUCCAUCUCCCAAAACUCACUUCAACCUUCUUCUUCUUCCACUCUAGUAAACACAAUUCAAUCGACCGAUGGCUCCGGUCACUCUUGCGUCAAUAGAUCAGAAGCUGGCCAUGGCCAAGCGCUGCUCUCAUGAGGGGGUUGUUGCAGGCGCCAAGGCCGCCGCCGUCGCAGGCGUCGCUGCUGCCGUGCCCACCUUGGCCAGCGUUAGGAUGCUACCAUGGGCGAAGUACCACCUCAAUCCUACGGCACAAGCACUCAUCAUUUCCACAGCUGCUGGAUUGGCUUACUUCGUAGUCGCAGACAAGACGGUGCUGGCGCAAGCCAGGAAGAACUCCUUCAAGGAUGCUUGAUUAUGAGCAGGAAAGCUAUGGAUCUUCUGAAAGGAAAUCGGCAGGG